UAUUAAUUGGUUGAUUUGAGUUUAAGAUUGGUGUAAAGUAGAGUGAAAAAGAGGUUGGUUGGUGGUAGGUAGUGAAAGCAAGUGGAAGGCUUAACUAGGAGGAAGCAAGAAACUGGACAACCUCAUCGUUUUGCUUCUUCUUCUUCUGUUACUCUGCCUCUGGGCUUUUCUCUCUGUCUUUCACUCUGUUCGAGAUUUCUCAUAGCAACAACAACAACAUUAUAAUAUUACACACAAAAACAUAAAACCUUUCUCUUUGCAUAAGUUUCCCGCUUCUUCAAUUCUUUGAAACCUUCUUCUCUGUCUCACAAAGCUUCCCGCUUUUGCAAUUUCGUUAACUAAAUUCUUUUGAAGCAGAUUUCGUUCUUCUCUUUCUCGUUUUGCGGGAAAGUUGAACAAGAAAUGAAUACCAGAGCACGCACCACUCUUCACUCAAUGAAACCUCCUUUAAAUGAUGCCAAAGGGAAGAUGGAAACCGGAGGGAAGAGAACAAUGGGUGGCCUCGAGAAUGGGCGUCGAUCCAAUCGAGAAAGGAAAAUGGCUUUGCUUCAAGAUGUUGGUGCAAAUGCAGGUAGAUAAGUUGAAGAGGAAGCUUAGACAUGAAGAGAAUGUUCACAGAGCUUUAGAAAGAGCAUUCACUAGGCCUUUGGGAUCUUUACCUCGUCUUCCUCCUUAUCUUCCUCCAUAUACAUUGGAGCUUUUGGCUGAAGUAGCAGUGUUGGAGGAAGAGGUGGUUAGACUUGAAGAGCAGGUUGUGAAUUUUCGACAAGGCUUAUAUCAGGAAGCUGUCUACAUUUCCACAAAGAGGAAUGCAGAGAAUUUGAAUGACCCUAUUGACCAAAACAGCAUCAGAAGUUCCAAGCAUCAGAGAUCAAAAUCCAUGUCUCAAAGUGAGUUCAAUUCAACUAUUAUGGGUAGGGUUCAGCCUUCUCUUGCCAGAAGUGCUUCCAGCAGAAAGCUAAUGUUCUCCCCUGACACUGCCAAUGACCACACUGGGAAGCCAGUCCACGGGAAGCAAUUGCACAGAAAACAAGAUUCAUUCUCGUCUAUCCCUGAAGAGGGAAGGGGAAAAGAGAACCGAUCAUUUGGUAACUUUGUGAAGGAUAAGCAAUCACCAGAGAAGAAAACGACCAAAGUCAUUACUCCAAUAAAGAAAUCUCCACUCAAACAAGAAUCACCUGAGAAAUGCAUGGAUCACUUUAAGUUACAGCUGGACUGGAGAUUAGCAGAUCAUGAAAGGGCUCAGAGUUCCUCAAGUUCAUCAGAUGAUAAGGUUUCAGAAGUUGAUAGCACACCCAAUAGAGUUUCGGAGGAUAUUGUCAAGUGCUUGUGUAGCAUAUUUGUGAGAAUUGGUACAUCCAAGGACAAAAUUGGAGAAUCAAGAACACCUUCCCGCUCUGCAUCAGUUUUCAACCAAUGCAUCAAGGAAAAGGAUCAAUUGUGUGAUCCUUAUGGUAUCUGUUCAGAGUCCAAAACAAGAGAAGUUGGUCCAUAUAAAAAUUUAUGUGAAGUUAAAGGCUCCACUGUUGACCUGAACCGAACAACAAAUGCAGUGUUUCUGAUCCACAGAUUAAAGUUCCUACUUGGGAAACUAGCCUCUCUGAACUUGAAGGGUCUUACUCAUCAGGAAAAGCUUGCAUUCUGGAUAAACACUUACAAUUCCUGCAUGAUGAAUGCAUAUUUAGAGCACGGCAUACCCGAGAGUCCCGAAAUGGUUGUAGCAUUAAUGCAGAAGGCAACGAUAAUAGUGGGGGGCCAGUUGCUGAAUGCAAUUACCAUAGAGCAUUUUAUCUUGAGACUGCCUUAUCACCUCAAGUUUACCUGUCCCAAAGCUGCAAAAAAUGACGAGAUUAAUAAAGCACAAAGCAUAUUUGGCCUGGAAUGGUCUGAGCCCUUGGUAACAUUUGCACUUUCAUGUGGAAGCUGGUCUUCACCUGCAGUGAGAGUUUAUACAGCAUCACAAGUUGAUGAUGAGUUAGAAGCAGCAAAGAGAGAUUAUUUACAGGCUUCAGUUGGAAUCACAAAAACGAACAAGUUAAUAAUCCCCAAGUUGCUGGACUGGUAUUUACUGGACUUUGCAAAGGACUUGGAAUCUUUGUUGGAUUGGGUCUGCCUCCAACUACCUGACCAAAUAAGAAAGCAAGCAGUUGAAUGCCUUGAAAGAAGAGGAAGGGAUUCUCUUUCACAUAUAGUACAAAUGAUGCCCUAUGAUUUCAGUUUCAGGUUGCUUUUACACCACUGACUUCUCACAACUGUUUGCUUCUUAACUUUGGUGUGGUGGGUUUUUUUGUACAUUGGGUGGUUCACACAGAAAGUACAUAAGCCAAAGGAUGUCAUGUUUUCAUUUGGGAAUGGGUUUGGGCUUUUGGGUUAUUUAUAUGGGUCAUUCAUGGGUUAGUCAUAAGUCAUGCUUUUAGGAAAUAUAUACAUAGAAAUGGAGGUUUCUUAGACAUUCAUUUGGAUGCAAACGUUUUGGAUUCAUAAUAAUUUUAUAUACUGCUUUAA